CCAUGCAGGCCCCUUGCUGCUGCCUUCUCUCCCUCCUCCUCUACCUCGUCCUCCUCUCUGGGACAUGGGCAAACCUCAAGGGGACCUUCACUAUCCGUCUGCUCCAGACCACCACCUUCCAAAACACCUCGUUUGUGGAAACGGAGGGGCUGGGCCUGCUGGAAGACAUCGAACUUGGUUCUCUUGAUAAACACACAUGGUCCAUCCACUUCUGCCAGCCCUGGGUGCACCCAGCCCUGCCCUACGCUGACUGGGACACCAUUGAUAACCUGCUUAAGAUUUAUUUACAGAAGUUCCACCAUCUGAUCAAUGAAAAGGCUGAGCAAAAGGACGUCCCCUACCCCUUUGUGGUUCAGUGCAUCGCAGGCUGCGUGCUGUACCCCAACAGAACCUCCCAGGCCUUUGCCUAUGUGGCUUACAAUGGUGAGGAUUUCCUCAGCUUCAACACAGAGAACAUCACUUGGACCCUCUCCCAGGACACCAAGUUGUCACGGUAUGUCCAGUCAUUUCUCCAGAACUACACCGCCUUGAGUGAGCUGGUGGAAAUCAUCUUCAACGAUACUUGUGUCGAUGACAUGGAAGUGCUCCUGCAGUAUGGGAGGGCAGCUCUGGAGAGACAAGAGCUGCCCGUGGCCACGGUCUUCGCCCGCACCCCCAGCCCAGCCCAGCUGCUGCUUGUUUGCCAUGUCACUGGCUUCUACCCCCGUCCCAUCAGUGUGGCCUGGCUGCGGGAUGGGCAGGAGGUGCCCCCGGGCCCGGCACUCAACACCAGCAGCAUCCUGCCCAACGCUGACCUCACCUACCAGCUCCGCAGUGUCCUGGCCGUGACCCCCCGUGAUGGGCACAGCUACGCCUGCCGUGUGCGCCACCGCAGCCUGGGCACCCGCAGCCUCCUCAUCCCAUGGGGGAACUCAGAAGUGGUGCUGAUCACAGGGCUCAUGGCUGGGCUGCUUGCAGCCAUGGCUAUAGCUGCCAUGACAGUGUUUUGGGUGUGGAGACAAAGAAAGCACCAGCAGAUGCAGGAAUCAGAGUCCAGGAACUCCAUCCUGAGCAAAGAGGCUUAGCUCAGAAGGGAGCCAGCAGUCCCCAUCCCCUCCCACUGCCUUCACAGCAAGAAGAACUAUGUUUUUCUGCUUCACCUAACUUCUGGGCAUUGUCAAUUGCAAGACUAACUCAAUUCAGAGAUGCACAAGAGAAACACGGCAAGAGAAACCUGAGGUUUUGACUCACUUGAAUUUUUUAAACCAACACAAAUGCAAGUCUGAGACCUCCUCACGUGAUCAUCUCUUAGCUUGUGCCACUGACCUGUCUACCCACUGGUGCUCUAGGGCACCUCAGUGCCCAAUGGCAAAUUCCCCUGGUUCUGCUUCAGUAACAGUUUUGUCAGAAGGUGAAAAGCUGUCCCCUUCUACUGUCACUUUGGGGUACUGUUUUUUCCUUAAAAAUGCCUUUAUUAACCAUACUUCAGAAA